AUGAGUUGCAAAAAGAAAACCAAAACAACACAGGACAAACAAGAGGAGCGUAACACUCAAGUCGAACUUGAAUGUGUUCUCCUCGCACUCCUUUCGUUGAAGUACUCCUUUACAAUAUCCAAACCACAGAAAAAAGCAGAGAACACCAAACUCUUUAUCAAGGUGAAGAGUGUCAAAAAGAACAAUGACACGUUUGUUUUUGACCUUCAACAAUUCGUUAAACUUCAGACGUCACAAAUCUAUCACUCAAUGACUGAAUCUGGCAUUAAACAGAAAACCGCAUUCCGUCGUACACAGUCGAACAAACGGAGUCAAGUCGUUCAUUUCUUCGAAGACCUACUCUUUGAAGAAGGCUUUCUUGUGAUGUACAAAAAGUUCAACAGGGAAGGUGUUGUUGGUGAUCUAAAUAUAUACUACAAUCAGAGGAUCAUGUUAAAUAAAAUACAAAUACGACAGAUUGGAAACACAGUGUGGAGCUACUUGAUGGAGAAACAAAAACGGACAAACACCUUUGAAAUCAAGAAUGAGGAACUCCUCCCAUUCUUGUAUGGAAACAUGGAGCCCCAAUUGUAA